UAAUCAUACAGGUUGAGAAGACUUUUUAUACAGAAAAUAUAUUUGGACAAAUUGUUUCUGUUUCGUGCAAUAUUUGCUUUGAAAGUGUUUGAAAAGUGUUAAGUUUAAAAGCUUAUACAUUAUUCAUAUGCAAAACAUAAAAAGUUUUCGUUUCUUCUGUAAGAGUUCAACUCAACUCUGCUAAUUCGUUGGAUUAUUUGUUUAUCACUGUACAGCUGAUAGAUCCAAGUAUCUGCUAUGCUAAUCGAAUGACUGACGGUGAAAUGUCUGAUUGUUUUUCAGAAAAUUACUGUAUUUUUUUUAAUUAAUGAGAAAAAGUUUUUAAAUUCGAAUGAGCAGGAAUGUGAAUCUUUUGUUUCGAAAAUGGUUAAUCCAAACAAUUUAAAUUAUGAAGGCUGUACUAACAAAGGCGCAGAAAGGCAAAUGACUUAUGAAUCUCCGUAUGUUGAAAUUUCUGGUGAUGUUUUCCUCAGCAACUCAACAAAUUCUUCUGGUUUUAAUGAUGGUGGUUCUGUCAAUAGUUUCCUUGAAGAGGCCGAAAUUAUAUCGAAUGAUGACAUCACAACAGCUAGUAAGCAAAUGCGAAAGAAGUUAACAUCAUUUUUUAUGAACCCUAUUGAAAAAUGGAAGCAGAGAGGAAAAUUCCCUUGGAAGCUGUGUGUGCAAGUUGUAAAUAUCAUCCUGGCAACAAUACAAGUGAAUCUUUUCGGUUUUCAUAGUUUUGGGUAUAUGCAGCAACAUUUAGACAUGACAACGGCCAUAAGCCGAAUAUUAUUAAAGGACUGGAGCGCAGAUGUGGCUGUAUAUCCACCAAAUGGACCUUAUGCUGUUUAUACUGUCCCCGAUUUUUAUGACCAUAUUGAUAAUGUAAUUAAACAGUAUUCCAAAAUCGAUUCCUUAGCCAUAGGACCUUUUGGAUAUGAUAACAAGGACAAUAAUUUAACUGAAAUGGAAUUUUGUAUCAGUCAAUUCGAUGGUCAAGUUUUUGCUGGGAACCUUACAAUACAAGUUACUGAUUUAUUAGAAGAACGCUGUUUAACUAUACCACCUCUUUAUCCCAGUGGUGAUCCAUUAUGGGAAAAUUUUUCUAUGGCCUCAUUCCUUGAACAAUCAAACCACACAUUAAAUUUUAAAACUCUGAAUAAUGCCAAACUAAAACUUAGAUUAAAAACUAUUUUUAUAAAAUCUUUAAACAAACUAGAUUUCCCCGAGUGUUACAGUCUAAAAUUAUUGGUAAAAUAUGAUAACACUGAACAUGAUGGACAGUUAGUUAUAAAACUAACCAUCCGUUCCACUAAAUUUAGUUGCCAUGUUAAUUCCAAGAUAGAAGAUCAAGGUGAAACAUUGUAUUAUAUGCUGAGGCAAUUAUUAAACAGCUUUGUUAUAAUGUUUAGUGUUAUAUCUGCUAUUCUCUGUGCACGGUCACUGUAUGCUGGAUAUAAGCUGGCAAAAGAGACAUACAACUUUUUUAAGCAGUAUUACCAAAAAGAAAUCUCCUUUUGUGAGCUACUGGAUUUCAUUGACUUUUGGUAUGUGAACAUUAUUGUUAGUGAUAUAUUGCUUGUAGCUGGAUCUCUUGUCAAGAUGCAGAUAGAAGAGCGAAGUUCUGAAGGUGCCGAGUAUGCCAGAUGCUCAGUCCUGCUUGGAGUUGGGAAUUUAUUUAUUUGGAUUGGAAUUCUGAGAUAUUUGGGAUUUUUCCCAAAAUACAAUAUGUUAAUUCUCACUGUGAAAAGAGCCUUACCAAAUGUCUUAAGAUUUCUGGUUUGUGCAGUAAUGUUGUUUGUGGGAUCCUGUUUCUGCAGCUGGAUUGUUUUAUCUCCAUACCAUAUUAAGUUUCGUACGUUGAGUCGAACAGCAGAGUGUCUUUUUUCUAUUAUGAAUGGAGAUGACAUGUUUGCAACCUUUGCUCUGCUAGACACACAGCACGCUUUGAUUUGGUGGUUCUCAAGGCUUUUUCUUUAUGCUUUUCUUGUUGUAUUUAUUUAUAUAGUUGUAUCAUUGUUUAUAUCUGUGAUAAUGGAUACUUUUGAAACAAUUAAACAUAUAUAUGUUUAUGGUGCACCACCACACACCACAGUAGAGACGUUUUUAGCAUCUGAACCAUUACCACCUAUUAAUCCAUUAUCAUAUGCAUCUGGAAAUAAUGUCAAUCACUUCAUACAAUUUUGGAAUUGGCUAAAGCAUUCCUGGUCUGUUUAUAAAGAUAGAGGAAGGCUCUGAUCUUUGUUCUUUUAGGUUUUUAUAAUUUCUUGCAAUUUUAGAAAUAUUAUACAUUUAUUUUUGAAUAGUAAAAAGUGCUGUUUGAAAAUCUUUUAGUGGAUCAAUUUUAAUUUAUAAGAAGUAGAAAAUACUUACAGAUUUUAUAUUGAAACCUUUUUUAUUGUAUAUAUUUAUCUGAUGAGUAUAAAUGUAAGGAAUUUCUUUAUUAUAUUUAAAGUAAUUUAACACUUAUAUCAAAAUAAUGAAUAAGUAUAUAUUAAAAAAGAAAAAUCUGUUAUAAAAUUAGUUUUUAGCUUUUACUGUGCAAGAUUAUUUUUCAAAUAUGUUCCUAUAUAAUUUUGUGGCUCUCCUCUUCAUAAAAUAAACAAAUUCCCCCCCCCCCCCCAUUUUAAGAAAUUUAAAAUGUGUUGUCAAAUAAUCAUGAAUUAUGUUUUAAAAAUUCUAAAAUAAUUAAGAUUUAAAAUUGUUUGAAAUGUUUAAUUUUGAUGUAAAGCAGAUUUUUAAAUGUGUUUUGUUUGGACUAAUUGCUGUAUGCAUUGCUGUUUAUGCUUUAUGUCCUUUUAAAAUUGGUUAUAAAUUUAGAAUUUGUUUCUAUUUUUAAAAUUGGGUUUUGUAAAUAGAUUACAAUGCAUCCGACAAAAUAAACAUUUUUAUAUUAAUAAAUUUUUUAAAUAAAUAUUUUUAGUAAGGUAAUGAAAUACUAUUAAUAAGUAAAGCAAGUUAUUGCUAAAUUUCAUAGACAAUUUCAUGGUAUUCUAAAUUGCACCUUGAUUAAAACUUGAUAAAAAAAUUUUUUAUCUUUCUUUCCCUAUUUAAUUUCUAAUCAAAAUU